CCUGAGCUCCGAGCCCUUCACCGUUGCACCCUCACUCAUCUUCUUGAUCCUUUUCAGGAUCUCUUCCGAUAAUUCUUCACGUUUACUUUGCAACUAUCGCGGGCCGACAUUCCUUAGACGACGAUCAUCACACCUCGCUAGACAGACGUCCGCAAAGGACAACCGGCAGUCACAAUGUCGAGUACAGACGAGAGCGGAGUCAGCACAACUCCAGACACCAACCCCAACGCAGCCUUCAAUGCGGGCGACCAAGCCUACAUCAUCGUCGCGUCGGCGAUGGUGUUGCUCAUGGUGCCCGGUAUCGCCUUCCUCUACUCGGGUCUCGCGCGGAGAAAAUCGGCAUUGUCGCUUAUCUGGGUGACCAUGAUGUCGUUCAGCGUGAUCAUCUUCCAAUGGUACUUCUGGGGCUACUCGCUCGCCUUUAGCAACACGGCUACGAAUGGCUUCAUCGGUAAUCUCGACAAAUUCGGCCUCAUGAACGCCCUCGGCGAUCCUUCACCCGGCUCCCCGCUUGUUCCCGAGCUUUUGUACUCCUUCUUCCAGAUGCAAUUCUGCGCCGUCACAGCAGCCCUCGUGAUUGGAGCUACCGCUGAGCGCGGACGCGUCGUCCCUGCCAUGGUUUUCACCUUCUUCUGGGCUACCUUGGUGUACUGCCCGAUUGCGUACUGGGUCUGGGGCUUCAAUGGCUGGGCUUUCAAGUACGGCGUCCUCGACUAUGCCGGCGGUGGCCCCGUCGAGAUCGGAUCCGGCUUUUCGGCUCUCGCGUACUCGUGGAUCCUCGGCCGCCGCAACGAGAAGAUGAUGCUCAACUUCCGCCCGCACAACAUCUCGCUCAUCACGAUUGGCACAGUCUUUCUGUGGUUCGGCUGGCUUGGUUUCAACGGUGGCUCGGCCUUUGGCGCUAACCUCCGUGCCACCAUGGCUUGCUGGAACACGUGCUUGACUGCCACGUUCGCCGCCAUGACAUGGUGCCUGCUCGAUUUCCGUCUCGCCCGGAAGUGGUCGCUUGUUGGCUGGUGUUCCGGCACCAUCUCGGGCCUGGUGGCCGCCACCCCUGCGUCCGGUGUCAUCACCCCUUGGGCCAGCAUUGUGCUUGGCGUCGUUACUGGCGUCGCCUGCAACUUUGGCACCAAGGUUAAGUUUAUGAUUGGCAUUGAUGAUGCUCUCGAUGUAUUCGCCGAACAUGCCAUCGGCGGCAUUGUCGGUCUCCUCUUCAACGGCUUCUUUGCCGCUAAUCAUAUCAUCGGUCUCGAUGGCGUCAACACGGCCAUUACCGGAGGCUUCCUCGACCACAACUACAAACAGCUCUACAUCCAGAUCGCGUUUAUUGUGGCCGCGUCCGCCUACUCAUUCGUCAUGUCGUCCAUUAUCGCCAAAUUGAUCGACCUUGUGCCCGGCCUGCACCUUCGUGCUUCCUCCGAGGCCGAGCUUCUCGGCAUGGACGAUGACCAGCACGGCGAGUUCGCCUACGACUACGUUGAGGUUCGACGUGAUUACCUGGCCUGGACGCCAGCGGAUAACAAUCAGAAGGAGGACGGCGCCGUCGUGAUCCCGCAGCACGGCAUCGCAGGGCAUCAAGACCUCGUGGAUAGCGCCCGGAAGGGACCAGCCAGCACACAGGCCAGUGCACCGGCCACGCCGCCCUCAGAAUUGGCGCCAAAACACGCGGCAGAAUUGGCGUCGGAACACGCGGCGAGGGAGAAGGCGGCGGAGGCGGCAGAGUAGAGGUAGACUCGGCAUAAUACCCGUUGGUUGAUGGCGUGUUUGGUUGCAUGGGGUCUUUGAUGUUUACAUGGGAAAGCGACUGGUUCAGGGCGGUAUCCUUACUGGAGGUUGAUUGGCGCGAGCGCCUGCCGCCUAUACGAAUCACCCAAAUUUGUUCUGGUAUGUCUGUACUGGGUCUUGGAUGACGUUGAUGUUGAUGCGAGAAGACUUGAGUUGGCAUGUCUUGUAUAAUACCCCUGCUUGCUCUUGCAAAAAAUUGCUCAGGCUGAAGAUCCAUAUUG